AUGUAUCCUCCGAGUCCGUUGACCGAUCGGACCUUGGAGCCUGACACAGGUGUCGCCGAGUCAAAGCCGGUUGCGAUCCGCAAGGAGUGCGGCGGCAGCAGGCGCGCUCAUGCCGGACGUCGGAGCCGCUGCUGCCCGUCGAUUUCGAGUGCGGCGGACGACGACGGAGACGGCGUUCGAAGACACCUUGAGAGUGAGCGCGCGAGGGGGCGCGAAGUGCGAGCGGGCCGUCGCGGCGGUCGGCGAGCGCGCGGUCCGAGGACACGGGCCGCGGGUCCGGCGGGGGGUCGACGGACGGGGGCGAGACGGCGAGCUCCGGUUCGUAGUCGGUUUCCUCGGCGGAGGGCCCGGAGCGCUCGAGCGAGAGGCGUGCGCACUCGCACUCCUCGUGCUCGUCGCUGGCGUCGCCCUCGUCGAAGGAGGGCGCGCGCGGGCCGUGGUGGAAGACGCGGCGGCGCUCCUCGGCGGCCGCCUCGUCGUCCUCGAGGCGGAUGGAGCGGCGCAGCGGGGGCCGGUCGCGGCGCGGGCGGCGCGGGGCCUCCUCGGUGGCGGCGUGCGGGAUGGGCGGGCGCGCCACGGCCGGCAGCAGGCGGUCGAGCGACAGCCCGCGCCGGGGCCGCGCCGGCCGCCCGCCGGGGCCCACCCCCGCGCCCUGCCGGCGCGCGUCUCGCGGCGCCGCCGACGGGCUCGUCUCCUCCGGGGUGGUCGGCAGCGCGGCGCCGCGACCGAACUCGAUGA